GCAGGGAAGACCUGGGAGCCGCUGGUGCCCGGUAACGGAGGCCGCCGCAACCACCCGGGCCCAGCCCGCACCCCCUCCGGCACCAUGGAGAUCGGCACUGAGAUCAGCCGCAAGAUCCGGAGUGCCAUUAAGGGAAAAUUGCAGGAAUUGGGAGCUUAUGUUGAUGAAGAACUUCCUGAUUAUAUCAUGGUAAUGGUGGCUAACAAGAAAAGUCAAGAGCAAAUGACUGAGGACCUUUCCCUUUUUCUAGGGAACAACACAGUUAGAUUUACUGUAUGGCUUCAUGGUGUGUUAGAUAAACUUCGCUCUGUAACUACUGAGCCUUCCAGUCUAAAAUCUUCUGAGACCAAUAUCUUUGAAAGUAGUUUGCCUUCACACAAGAGCAGUUUAGGUGGAGGAGAUGAAAGAAGACAUGAGGACACAUUGCUACCUCUUGCUGUUUCUAGCACUCGCUCUGAAAAAAAUGAUUCCAGAGUUUCUACAAGUUCCCAAGAUCACAGAACCUCUACUAUCAGGCAGCCUUAUGAUGAUGGAACUGCAGCUCGACUCAUGUCAACAGUGAAACCUCUUCGAGAGCUAGCUCCUUCUGAAGAUGUAAUUGAUAUUAAACCAGAACCAGAUGAUCUCAUUGAUGAAGACCUAAAUUUUGUCCAGGAAAACACUCUUUUAUCACGGAAAAAACCUAUUGUGACAGUUACAUACAGUUCUUCUCGUCCUUCUGUUGAAAUCUACCGACCUCCAGGAAGUCGAAAUACAGAUAGCAAUGCACAUUUACACAGGUUGCAUUUGCAGCAGCAGAACAGUGUGCAGACUGGCAAGCAGCUAGACAUACAGACCAGCAGGUCAUUUGAAACAAUACAUCUGUGUGAGUCAGAAGCAUUUAGUGGCUUAGCAGAGACCUACAGGCCUAUCACCAAAGCAAACUCUGAUAAAAUAAGCAAUGAGGAAGAAAACUUUCGGAAGAGAAAGUUGCCUGUGGUAAGUUCAGUUGUUAAAGUAAAAAAGUACAAUAAUGAUGGAGAAGAGGAAGAGGAAGAAUAUGGAUUACGUAUAGGAAGUGUGUCUAGCAGUGUGUCUGUGCCAGCAAAACCUGAAAGAAGGCCUUCGCUCCCACCGUCCAAACAAGCUAACAAGAACCUAAUAUUAAAAGCUAUAUCAGAAGCUCAGGAAUCUGUUACAAAAACAACCAACUAUUCCACAGUCCCACAGAAACAGACGGUUCCAGUUGCUCCCCGAACUCGUACUGCUCAGGAAGAAUCUCUAAUAGAAGUGGUCCAGGGGCAAAGCAGGCUGCCCAGAUUAAGUCCUCCAAUUCAACUAGAGGAAGCAAAAGAACAGAGUUUAGAAAGAAUUCAAGGAGCUCAACAAAGGCAGUUGUUUUCCCGACUGCAAAUUGACCCAGUAGUGGAGGAAACUUUACAAAUGAGUCAAGAUUACUAUGACAUGGAAUCCAUGGUCCACGCAGACACAAGAUCAUUUAUCCUGAAGAAACCAAAGCUGUCAGAAGAACUGGUAGCGACACCAAACCAGGAAUCUGGAAUGAAGACUGCAGAUAGCCUUCGGGUUCUUUCAGGACGCCUUAUCCAAACACGAGAUCUUGUACAACCAGAUAAACCUGCAAGUCCCAAGUUUAUAGUGACACUGGAUGGUGUCCCCAGUCCCCCAGGAUACAUGUCGGAUCAAGAGGAGGAGGACGUAUGUUUUGAAGGAAUGAAACCAAUAAACCAAACUGCAUCCACAAUCAAGGGAUUGAAAGGCCUCCGCCCACAGCAGUCACAGUUGAUGAACAGGCAACUGGAUGACCCAGAUGGUAGUUUUUCAAAUGUUGAGAUGAGUGAAUUGAGUAUUACACAGAAACCAGAGAAACUGCCAGAGCGCUGCAAGUAUUGGCCUGCCUGCAAAAAUGGGGACGAAUGUGCUUAUCACCAUCCAACUUCAUCCUGCAAAGCCUUUCCCAAUUGUAAAUUUGCUGAAAAAUGCUUGUUUAUUCAUCCAAACUGUAAAUAUGAUGCAAAAUGUACUAAACCAGAUUGUCCCUACACUCAUGCCAGUAGACGAAUCCCAGUGCUGCCUCCCAAACCAGCACCAACGCCAACAACAACAUCUUCCAGUAGUCAGCUUUGCCGUUACUUCCCAGCUUGUAAGAAAAUGGAAUGUCCCUUCUAUCAUCCGAAACACUGUAGAUUUAACACUCAGUGUACAAGACCUGACUGCACAUUUUACCAUCCAGCAAUUACUGUGCCACCACGUCAUGCCUUGAAGUGGACCCGACCUCAAACCAGUGAAUGACAACCAGACAUAGUAGCUAGAAAGAAGAUCAUGGAUUUUAAAACUCCCAUCUUUGAACUCUACUGGUGAAAGACAUUCUACAAAUUUAUCACAUCUUUUGAACAUGGAAUAUAUUGUUUUCAUAAUAUGAAGUUUGUUGCCUAUUUGAAGUGUCUAAUUUUUCAAAUUUGUAAGUUUUAUUAAGUGGUUUUAACAUGGGUUUUUUACUAUGAAGAGAAGUCAGUGUGUAAGGAAAAAAAAACUUACUUCAAAUUCCAUUAAAGCAUUUUGAGGCAUGGUUUGUAUCCUGCUACUUCGAGUCCCAGUGUUUAGAUAUAAAGUAAUUAAAAGACUGUAUCAUUUUUAUGAGGCCUAUAUUAGUGCUAUGUACAUAAGUACAAUUGUCCUAACCAGUUUGAAAUGAGCAGGAGAAUACUAAGAAUAAAAAUAGUACUGGGUGAAACAUCAA